CUUGGUUUAAAAGGGUAGGAUGGCUGAGCUGCUCUAAAACACUCACACUCACUUCACGGUGUAAAAGUUCAGUCCAGCACAUCACCAGGCCCUUCAUCCUCAUCUUCAUCAUCCUCUUCACCUGUGGGGUCGAGCCCCUGGCUGACUGAAGCAUCAUGGGCAAGCAGAAGGAGCUCCUGGACAAACUGGCACGCAUGUUCCAGAUCAAGAACCUGCUGGUGCGCCAGGCGCUGGCCGAGUGCCUGGGAACCCUCAUACUGGUGAUGUUUGGUUGUGGAGCGGUUGCUCAGUUGGUUCUCAGCGAGGGUUCUCAUGGAAUGUUCCUGACAGUGAACUUCGCUUUCGGUUUUGCUGCCAUGCUGGGAAUUCUAGUGUGUGGUCAAGUCUCAGGUGGCCACCUGAACCCGGCCGUCACAUUUUCCCUGUGCAUUCUGGGCCGAGAGCCAUGGAAGAAGUUCCCUGUGUACUUUCUGUUCCAGACAUUAGGAGCCUUCCUUGGAUCAGGGAUCAUAUUUGGCAUGUAUUUUGAUGCUCUGUGGGAGUUUCGUAAGGGAAGUCUGAUUGUGGUGGGAGAGAACGCUACCGCUGGAAUCUUUGCUACCUACCCCUCCACUCAUCUUAGCUUGAUCAACGGCUUCUUUGACCAGAUGAUUGGCACAGCAGCUCUGAUCGUGUGUAUCCUGGCCAUCGUUGACCCCUAUAACAACCCCAUCCCGCGGGGGCUGGAGGCUUUUACUGUGGGUUUUGUGGUGCUGGUGAUCGGCCUGUCGAUGGGCUUCAACUCUGGGUAUGCUGUUAAUCCUGCCAGAGAUCUGGGACCCCGCAUCUUCACUGCACUCGCAGGCUGGGGCAGUGAGGUCUUCACGGCUGGAGAUUACUGGUUCUUCGUGCCAAUCUUCGCCCCUUUCUUUGGCUCAGUGGUGGGAGUACUGGUGUACCAGCUGAUGGUGGGCUUCCAUGUGGAGGGAGAAGCCCGAGACAAAGCGGCGGCAGCUUCACGGGAAGAGAAAGAGAGACUAAAGCUCUCCAGCAUGACAGAGAAGAACGAGAUGGCAUGAAGAUUCGAUUUGGAUUAUGUGUCUGAUAAUCAGUAAAUUCUGGGGUUUUUUUGUGUGUUUUUUUUUAGGAAUGCUCCAGCAUUUAUCAACCUGUGCUUUCUCUGUAGAAAAUGUUGACCCUAAUGUUGACCUUGAAGGGGCUUAGAAGGAGUCAUUUCAAAGGCUUUAUAAUUACGACACUUUUAGUUUAGGAUUUACUUUCCAUUGUUUGCACAUAUAUUUCCAAUGUUUACUCACUAAUUUUAGCAACAGUUCAUUCAUGUCUACACUUAUUGACAAAAAAAACCCUUAAUUCAAGUCCAACACACUUUAUAUCAAAAUAUAUAUUUUGGACAGUGAAAAUACUUCUUAUAUAUUUUGCAUACACUGCGAGUGUAGCAAUAGUAACAAUUAAACAUUAGCAACAAAAAACGCACCAAUAUCCCAUAACAACAAUCCUAAAAAAUAAAGAGCAAAUUGCAUAGUUACUAUAAAUACACACACACACAUAUUAAUAUGAAAUUUAUGUUAUCAAAGUGCAAAUAUUUCUUACUUAAGUUACUGACACAAGUAGGAAGAGGGCUUAGAAAUUCAAGCAAAGCCCCUUAAGGGAGAAAGAAGUUCUUCAGUUGGCUGAAACUCCACCCUCUUUGACUAGGUCUGCCUAACAACAGAGCGAUCUAUAUUCUGAUUGGCUCAACGAGAGUAUGUUAUAAUAUACAGCCGAUGGAUUGGCAAGCGUGAGAAAUACCAUGUGUGGCGUGUGAGCAAGUGAACUUGCUGAGGUGCGUGUGUCACACGCUCAAAGCGUGAGACUUGAGAACACUGUAUUUAUAUAUACAAUAUUACAAUAUCCAGCUGCAUUCACACAACUACCAGUGUUUAACACCACAGACUUGGUGACCUCAGUAAUAACUAAGAAAAACAUUGAAUGCCAAAAUGUGUCCAAACUUUUGACAUUUUUGGUACUGUAUAUUACAAUAUAUGGACUCCCCUUAUAUCCAGCAUGCACUAUAUAGCCUAUAUAAAAGUACCACAAACACCUGCUCUUUCAUUGUUUUAAAAACAAGUCUUCACUUAGAUUCUACUAGAUGUUUGAGACUACUCCAUCCAACUAUCCCACUGUCUGUAAAUAAAGAAAUACAAGAGACCCUAUUUUAGCGAUCUAUAGACAAGUAGUCAACCAUGCCCCAUGUAGCUUGAUUCAGGGCGUCAGUAAGUCUUUGGUAUCAAGAGUACGCAUGACUCGAAACACACAAAAGACAUGAACUAAUUCUCUUAAUUAGUUGUGGGUUUUAAUCAGUCAGUGGUGCACCUGUGUUUUCCGCUGCCAAGAUAGCAAUACACCCAAAAUUUACCUGAACAAACCUCAUUUCCAGACCACUACACCCAUCGGCAUAGAUAUAUUCGUAAACUCCAGCGCUUUUUAAGCAACGCAGGUGGAGGAGUGAAAAUAGUUUAUUGGCGUGGUGUAUGAUAGCAAUGGGCAUGUAUAAGCUAGGGCCCAAAGUGUACUUACUAUAUGACAAGCUGAUAAGAUGAGCAGUGACUUUAGAAAGAAGAAAGAUAAUAAUGUUAUAAUAUAAAAGAGUAUUACUCUAAUGUCCAAUAUAUCAUACUUACAUAUUCUAUAAGGUUUAAAUACAGUGGUGUGAAAAAGUGUUUGCCCUCUUCAUGGUUUUUCAUGAUUAGUUUUUACGUUUGUCACUCUUGAAUGUUUCAGAUCAUCAAACAAAUUUAAAUAUUAGUCAAAGACGAAACAAGUAAACACAAAAUGCAGUUUUUAAAUAAAUGUGGGAGAAGGGUGAAACUCAAAAAUCACUUAAAAAAAGACCUGCCUGACAAAGCUAGAUAGACCAAAAGAUACUCAAAAGCUAAACAUCCUGCUAAAAUCCAAAGAAAUUCAGGAAAAAAUGAGAAAGAAACUAAUUGAGAUCCAUCAGUCUGUAAAAGGUUAUAAAGCCAUUUCUAAAGUUUUGGGACUCCAGCGAACCACAGUUAGAGCCUUUAUCCACAAAUUGCGAAAAUGUGGAAGGGUCUUCCCAGGAGUGGCCUGCCAACCAAAAUUACCCCAAGAGCGCAGCAACGACUCAUCCAAGAGGUCACAAAAAGUGGUUCAUGUUGGAAAACCCUCCAAUGUGGCAGAAUUACAACAUUUUCACACAGGGCCAUGUAGGUUUGGAUUUGUUAUCCCUUAAUAAUAAAACCUUCAUUUAAAUA